AUGUCGCUGGAACAAAUCUCGCAACAAAAAUCGGCCAAGAAUGGCCAUGAGGAAGAAAACGAUGAAAACAAGAGUGAACAUGAAGAAGAAAACAAGAGUGGACAUGAAGAACAAAACGAGGAAGAAAGUGAAAACGAAAGUGAGGAAGAUGAUCUGAGCUUGCUCAUCUACAAGCGUGGGCAAGUAAAGGCGAAGGUCACCAGGCUGCGGAAUUCCAUCCGGACGGAACGACAGCAGAUGAACCUGCCGAGGGUGCAGGUGAUGAAGACAAACCUGGACAAGCACUACAACGAGUAUCUGCUGUACCACAGCCAGGUAUUGGAUAACGUCAACAAAAAAGGUAGGAAAUCUCAAGAAACUAAAUACGAAGAGUUCGAAGAAUUGUAUACCGACACACUGGUGGUUCUCCAAACAAUCGAGGGCGUUCUUUCAACACCACCACCGGGUUCGUCGGGUAUACCCACCGCAUCAAACAGGGUUAUCGUCCAGCAGCAAUCCUUUAGGGCUCCCCUACCUACGUUUGACGGCAAAUACGAAAACUGGCCGAAAUUCAAGUCAAUGUUUUUGGACUUGAUGAAGCAUUCCAGUGACUCAGAUGCUGUCAAACUUUAUCACUUGGAAAAGUCUUUGGUUGGAUCGGCAUCUGGGAUAAUCGACAUCAGAACAAUCAACGAUAACAACUACAAACGAGCAUGGAAAAUUCUCGAAGAUCGUUUUGAGAAUACACGGAACAUCAUCGAAACUCAUCUCCGCGGGUUGAUGAAGUUGAAGAAAAUGACAAAGGAGUCAUCGGUCGAGCUUCGAGACCUGGUAGAAGAGUGCACUCGACAUGUGGACAACUUGGAGUUCAUGGGUCAGCGCUUUGAUGGAGUAUCGCAUCUGAUGGUGAUCGUACAUCUGUCGGAUGCCUUGGAUCCUGAGACAAGGAAGUUGUGGGAGGCGACCCUCGACUAUGGAGAGCUUCCCAGCUAUCCGGACACCAUCGAUUUUUUGAAGAAGCGCUGUCAGAUUCUCGAACGUUGUGAAAUUCCGAUAGCAGCGACCAAUCGAAUCCAACAGAGGAGCAAGGGAUCCGAGAAACCAGCAACGAACAAGGGAGUUACAAAGUCGUUGGCAGCCACUACCACCGACAACAGCAGUGGAUAUUCGUGUCAUCUGUGCAACAAGGUCCAUCAAACCUUCCGCUGCGAGGAGUUCCGUGCAUUGAGUGUUGCUGAACGCAUAGUUAGGGCGAAGGAUACGAAGGUUUGUUUCAACUGUCUUCGUAAAGGACAUCGGUUGUCGGAGUGCAAAUCGAAAAAGACGUGCAUGAUUUGCAAGUCCAAACACAACACUCUUUUGCACCUGGAAGACGCUUCAAAAGGAUCGAGCGACAAGCAACGUGUCAACCCUACACAGCCAAAACACCAGGACGACAGCGAUGAAGAGAUGAAGCCGGGAAGCAGCAGGCAGCAGCAUCCACCUUCACCUGCGGAUUUGAAGGACAAGGCCAAAUCUACCGUCUGUUCGUAUGGCAUGCCGCAGUCUCCAAGUCAAAUGGUGUUGAUGACCGCUGUGGUGCAUGUCAAGGACAGAAAUCAGAAGACGCACAAGUGUCGGGCAUUUAUUGAUCCAGGUUCAAUGUCGCACAUGGUAUCAUCUAGAAUGGCAAAACUUCUUGAUCUUCCUUCGUCGCCAACGCUUGUGACCGUCACCGGGAUCAACGGGACCACGUCCACUGGGAACAAACGAAUGAUGGUGGAGUUCAGAUCCAGACUCUCCGAUUUCUCCGCCAGGCUUAACUGCUUGGUACUCGACAGAAUAACAGGAACACUUCCUUUGACUCACAUCAAUACGUCAGAGUGGGGUAUUCCAGAAAACUUUGAUCUUGCCGAUCCUGAUUUCCAUCGGCCAGAAGACAUUGAUUUGUUGAUCGGAUGUGGUCUGUUCUGGCAGCUACUGGUUCCAGGGACGUUGAAACUGGCAGAUAAUCUUCCUGAGCUGCACAACUCGAAGCUAGGAUGGAUCGUUACAGGAGAAAUCAUCAGCGAUGGCGAGGUUCCAGAAACAAUAGUACAGUCCAAUGCAGCAAUCGUAUCUCCACCGUUGGAAUCGUUGAUCCAAAGAUUUUGGGAAGUAGAAGACAUCCCAGGCCAGGAUGAAUCCAUAUCGGAUGAUGAGUUCUGUGAACGUCAUUUUCAAGAGACUCAUCAGCGCUCAGAAGAUGGCCGGUACAUUGUUAAAUUACCGUUCAAGUCAAACGUUAACGAGUUGGGUGACUCCAGAGCACAUGCAUUGAAGCGGUUCAUGAUACUGGAGAAACGUCUCAUCCGUAAUCCAGAUCUACGGGACCAAUAUGCGGUAUUCAUGACGGAGUACCAGACCAUGGGACACUGCAACGAAAUUGAUGAGUCGUUAGAUCCCCCCGAUCUGCAGACAUACUACUUACCACAUCAUGCAGUAUUGAGGCCGUCGAGCAGUAGUACGAAGUUGCGCGUCGUCUUUGACGCUUCAGCGAGGUCAUCUUCUGGUAGAUCUCUCAACGAUGUGCUUCACAUAGGACCUGUGGUGCAGAACGACCUGUUCAGCAUUGAAUUGCGAUUUCGGAAACAUCAGUACGUCCUCAAGGCCGACAUCGCCAAGAUGUAUCGGCAAGUCCAGAUGGCGCCGGAAGACACAAGGUUACAGCGAAUAUUUUGGAGGUCCGACCCAAGCCAGAAGUUGAAGGUGUUCGAGCUUACUACGGUGACAUACGGAACAGCAUCCGCGCCCUUCCUGGCGACCCGAGCAUUGAAACAGCUGGCAGCAGAUGAGAAGGAGCGUUUUCCAGAAGCUGCAGAAAUUGUAGAGAACGACUUCUAUGUAGACGACGUUCUGACGGGCGCAAGAAGUAUUCGAGAAGCUGUUCAUCAAUUGGCACAGUUGAAGCAGCUAUUGGAGUCUGGAGGAUUCCCCAUACAUAAGUGGUCAUCAAACGCGCCAGAGAUUGUGAGCUGCAUUCCAGAGGAAGACAGAGAAAAACCGUUGGAGUUGGAAAACAUCGACGGCAGCGAAGUUAUUAAAACCCUUGGAAUACUGUGGGAUCCAGUGACGGAUGAAUUCAUGUUCGCAGUUCCAGAAUCAAGGAAUCACCAGGCCCCGGAUAAAAUCACCAAGCGCUAUGUGUUGUCCCAAAUCGCAAGGCUCUUCGAUCCUUUGGAUUUGGUGUCACCGAUAGUGGUAGUUGCCAAGCUCAUCAUGCAGCGCAUAUGGGCAAGUGGGUUCGAUUGGGAUGAACCACUAGCGGAUGAGUUCUUGAAGGUAUGGCAGACGUUCACCGAGUCUUUGCCAGCCAUUUCGACUAUGCGGAUUCCUCGAGGAGUAGUAUCACCAGAUUCCGCGAUUAUUGAACUCCACGGAUUCGCGGAUGCAUCGAGCGCUGCAUACGGUGCGUGCUUGUAUGUACGUUGCAUCGGUAGCGAUGGGAGCGUCACCACCAGACUACUGUGCAGUAAGUCGAAACUAGCCCCGCUGAAGGAAUUGACUAUACCACGGAAGGAACUGUGUGCAGCAUUGCUGCUAAGCCGACUUGUAGACAAGGUAGUUCCUGCAAUGAAGAUGAAUUUCGAAAACAUUUCGCUGUGGAGUGAUAGUCAAAUUGUACUUGCCUGGCUCGAAAAAUCCCCAGGAGCGCUUCAGGUCUUCGUGAGGAACAGAGUCUCCGAGAUCAACGAGUCGACCACCAAGUGGAACGCCAAAUGGAGCUACGUACAUACAUCAAAUAACCCAGCGGAUAUUGUAUCAAGGGGGCAGUUUGCGGAUGCCCUGCGGUUCAACUCACUCUGGUGGACCGGUCCCGCGUUCUUGUGUGAAGCAAGCAUCCAGCCAGAUUCUACAGAGGCGCUUCAAGAGCAUGACAUCCCAGAACUACGGAAGAUUACGCAGGCCUCUGCAGCUUCGAUUGAAAUGUUGCCGGUCUUCACGAAGUACAGCUCAUUCCGAAAACUUCAACGUGUGAUUGGCCUGGUACUUCGAUUCAUAAGCAAUUGCAAGGAAAAGGAUAAGGCACAUCGGUCCAAGGGAGCAUCAGUCAGUAUCCAGGAAAUGAGAGCAUCGUUAAAGGUGAUAGUUCGAGUAAUCCAGAUGUCAGAGCUGCAAGAAGAAAUUGAACGGGUGAAGCAACGAGAACCGUGCAAGAGAAUUGGCAAUUUGAGUCCAAUUUAUGAAGAAGGAUUGCUCAAAGUGGGUGGACGAAUCCAGAACUCAAGGCUACCACACUAUUCUCAACACCAGCUAAUUUUGCCAGACAACAACGUUGUGGUAAAGCUUCUAAUGAGAACUAUCCACGAAGAAAACCUCCACGUUGGACCACUGGGUCUGUUAGCCGCAGUCCGCCAAAGAUUUUGGGUACUCAAUGGCAGAUCGGCAACCAGAAUGAUAACUAGGAAGUGCGUAAGGUGUUUUAAGGCUUACCCGAAGGAUGUUCACCAGCAGAUGGGUAAUCUUCCAGAGAGCCGAGUUGUUCCAGGACCACCGUUCACUAGAACAGGAAUUGAUUACGCCGGUCCUGUUUUUGUGAAGCAUGGACUACGCAAACCAACACUAGUUAAGGCGUAUAUAGCGGUCUUCAUUUGCAUGGCUACAAAGUGCGUGCAUUUGGAGCUGGUUUCGGACUUGACGACGUCAGCGUUCAUUGCGGCAAUGCAGCGAUUCGUAAGCCGCCGUGGAGUCCCGGCCCAAAUGAAUUCCGACAACGGGCUGAACUUCAUUGGAGCCAACAACGAGCUUCGUGAACUGUACGUGAUGUUCCAGGAUCAGCAAACCCAAGGGGUACUCGACGAUUUCUGCCACCCGAAGGAGAUCGAAUGGCGGUUCAUCCCUCCACGGACGCCUCAUUUUGGAGGUAUUUGGGAAGCGAACGUCAAAUGUGUAAAGUCGCACCUGAAGAAGAUUCUACAAACAACAUCACUAAAUUUCGAGGAGUUUACAACACUUUUGACACAAAUAGAGGCUAUACUUAACUCUCGCCCUCUUUUCGCGAUGUCCAGUGAUCCCAACGACUUGACUGUGAUUACACCAGGUCAUUUUUUGAUUGGGCGUGAGCUUACAGCGAUCCCUGAGCCAUCGUAUGAGGAUGUCUUGAUCAACCGACUAGGCCGCUGGAAGUACAUCCAACAACUUCGUCAGCAUUUUUGGAGACGCUGGUCGGCCGAAUAUCUGCACCAUCUUCAAAUCCGUGGAAAGUGGUCAGAUCAACAGCCGAACAUCAGGGAAAACAUGAUCGUCAUCUUGAAGGAGGACAACCAGCCGGCGCAAUCCUGGAAGAUCGGAAGAGUUGUCAAGACUUACCCAGGAAAGGACGGAAAGGUACGAGUGAUCGACGUGAAAACUUCGCAAGGCUUGUUCCGUAGACCGAUCGGGAAAAUUUGUCCAUUACCAAUGGAGGAAGGCGAUUCUUCAUCUUCCGGCGGGGAGAAUGUUCGACCGUUUCCGUCGAACGUUUGA